UCAACCUCGAGCUCAGUGCGAAUUGCGUUCUCGAAGCGAGUGGUGGCGGUUGACCCGUAGUGCUGUAGCUCUGCCCAAUUCAUUUUCGCCUUCUGUCUUUCAACUUGUCGCCCAGUCGCAGUUGGCUCUGACUGAGGUGCCAGCACUCGAUUGAUCUGGGUAUCAGUUUCCCAGUGGAGCAUUUGGAUUUGGAUUUGGAUUCGUAUUCCCUUCCCACCCCAUUGGACUCUUCGCAAGGAUGGCCUCCCAGCAGCCGGACAUCUCGCACGCAAAGCGUGCCGCCUUCCAGGUUUUGGCCGGCGGCUCGGCAGGAUUCCUGGAGGUGUGCAUCAUGCAGCCACUCGAUGUGGUCAAGACCCGCAUCCAGAUCCAGGCCACUCCGGCGCCGAAUGCCGCGGCCCUUGGCGAGCUGCACUACAAUGGCGUCUUUGACUGCUUCGCCAAGAUGUACCGCCACGAAGGCAUCUCCUCCUACUGGAAGGGCAUCAUGCCGCCAAUCCUGGCCGAGACGCCCAAGCGGGCCAUCAAGUUCCUGGUGUUUGAGCAGACGAAGCCGCUCUUCCAGUUCGGCUCGCCCACGCCCACGCCGCUGACCUUUUCCCUGGCCGGACUGACAGCCGGCACCCUGGAGGCCAUCGCCGUGAAUCCCUUCGAGGUGGUGAAGGUGGCCCAGCAGGCGGAUCGCCAGAAGAAGAUGCUCAGCACGUUCGCGGUGGCCAAGGGCAUCAUCAAGCAGGACGGAUUGGGCUUCAGCGGCCUUAACAAGGGCAUCACCGCCACCAUGGGACGCAACGGCGUCUUCAACAUGGUCUACUUCGGGUUCUACCACAGCGUGAAGAACGUGGUGCCCGAGUACAAGGAGAGCCAUCUGGAGUUCCUGCGUAAGGUGACCAUCGGCUUCCUGGCCGGCACUCUGGCCUGCUUCGUCAACAUCCCCUUCGACGUGGCCAAGUCCCGCAUCCAGGGACCGCAGCCGGUCGCCGGGCAGAUCAAAUACCGCGGAACCUUCAGCUCCAUGGGCAUCGUCUAUCGCGAGGAAGGAUUCCGGGCGCUCUACAAGGGACUCGUCCCCAAGAUUAUGCGUUUGGGCCCAGGAGGAGCUAUUCUGCUGCUGGUCUUCGAGUACUCCUACGAUUACCUGCUGCACAACUACUCCUAGUUCUUAAAUCCCCAAUCCCUUUGUUUUUUUUGUAUAAUAUACUAUUUAGUUAGCCGAUUAGUAGCGAGCUAAGCCAGCGAGGGGUAGCUAGUCUUCCGAUUGUGAUUCGCCAAUAAAUGUAAAAACUUAAAAUGA